GGCGUUUCCCUCUCAGUCGUCGGUUCACUGCUCGUUCGUUCACACCACUAGCGAAUAGAGACGCUAAGAAGAUAUUGAUAUUCGGCGGAAAGUGUUCUAUGAUAAUGGCAUCGAGAGGUUCUACGAGUGACGAGCACCGUCUCUCCUUUGCAAAGAUUGCCGCGAUGCCUCCAUCAUUUGAGCCUGUAGCUUCCGUGCCACCUGACGAACUAAAUGGUCCGCAGUCCAUUGAAGCUCCAUCUUCGUCCGAACUCUAUGGUUCCCAAGACAUUCAUUCUGGCCAGCUAGGCCCUGGCAACGUUCAUGACGAUGCCGCCUCUGUCGAUCGAAAUGUCGACGGUCUCUCCCAGGCUGUGCAAGGCAUUGAUCUAUCGGAAAAGAAGUAUCAUGAUAAUCCCGAUUUCACUAGCGUGGGUCUAGGAAACGGGUCAUUCAAACGAGAGACGUCAUUUGACGAGGAUGAUCGCACCCAUCUCUCGAGUUCUUCGACCAAGCCGACGAGCUUUGAUUCGAAGAGUAUGGCUUCAGUCACUACGUUCGCAAUGGAUGAGAAGGACUCUCUACGCCCUGAUGAUAGCGCUAGCGUACAAGCUAUUGACGAGGAAGAGUCUCUCUCUGGGCCUGCUUCUGGCGCCCCGAAUUCGAUAACGGGUUCCGACUCGGGUGUUCGCGGGUUCAGAGACAUGCAAAGACCGCGGGCUAUUCUCCAGCCGACCGGGCCCGUAUACCCCGACGGUAUGCAGCGCACCAACGGCGCUCUGCUUCCGGAUCCAGCUUCCAGCGGCUUUAUCACCCCCGGCUCUGAGGCUUUCCAAGCAGGAAGACCUAUACACGGUUUUCCGUCAGAACCAGACGAGAAGCUUCUCGAGGCCAUGAAAUCUCCGAAAGAUCGUCUUCUGAUUCUCCAGCUAGAGGAGAAGGUUCGACAUUUCAUACAAAACUCCAAGGAACAUUCAUUGGAACUUCCUCCUUCCAAUGCAUUUGGAAGACUCUUGGCUCAUAAACUGGGCGAUUACUACCAUCUGACUCACUUUGUGGAUAACAACGUCACGUCAGUCAGGCUUCACAGGACACCUUUCUGUCGACUGCCAACGCCUCUCUCUAUCAUAUAUGCAGCCAAUAACAGCACACCGCCACCUGCAAUGCCUGCGAUGAAAAUAAUGCGGCGCAUGGGUAGUGAGCGACCAUCGACUGAGGGCAGCAUUGCAGCAAGCUCUGGCUAUUCAAAGGACGGAUCAGAAGCUGGCGAUAGCGGCAAUGACGGGGAUCGUGGUGGUUCAUCCACAGGGGCCACUCCGGCUAAAGAUAGGCUGGCUUUGACCCGAGAGGAGCGAGAAGCCAAAUAUCAGGAAGCGCGUGAGCGGAUAUUCCGAGAUUUCCCUGAGUCAAAGGCUGCCGCAGAGACCGCGAAUGGCGACAGUAGCGCCAACAUGUCGCGCUCCAGUUCAACUAGCGGACGCAAGAAGACGCACAGACAGAAAACACCGCAUGACGACAGUUUUGAGGCCCGAUCUCAAUUCAACGCCUAUUACCCUGGGAUGCAUUUCGGCAAUGGUUCAGUGCCGUUCGGUAUGGCCAUGAAUGACCCGUCUUUCCCGAACCAGCCUUGCAUGGUGGGACCUGGAGUAUCUCCACCCAAUAUGGGCUAUGCCCCGAGUCCUCAGCCUGGCGCCAUGUACCCGAGUAAUGUGAAUCCGAAUACGAUGCCUCAUUAUUCGAUGCCCGUGUCUCCACAAAUGACUCCAAGUGGUCCGUGGCAGAAUGGACCUGUUCCCCAGCAGUCUCCUUUUACAGGGUAUGCUUCCAUCAAUCAAUCGCCGGCGAUGGCUUCGACGAAAUCAUCACCCGCCCUUGGCAGCUAUCCCAUCCCCAACCCUGUACAGUAUCAGCAGACGCCUGGUUGGUCGACACCACCUUAUCCCGGCGGCUAUCAUCAACCUCCUCAUCGCAACCAUCCCCCGACCCAUCCCCCGACCCAUCCCCCGGCUGCAUGGGCGAACUACCAGACCCAGCCGCCUACCCCCACUUCAUAUCCCUAUGCUCAGUAUCCGGGGCAGCCCAUGAGUCCUGCCAUGCAGCCUCACUCAGGCCCUCAUCCUAUGCCAGGAAGUUUUGGUCGGUCUCCUUUCAACCCCCAGACACGCUCGUUUGUCCCGGGCGGAGCAGCUACAAUAGCACGGCAUCCCAGCAAGGGCGGCCAGCACGGAAUGGGUCCGUAUGCUGGCAUGCAGCCGGGGGUCCUGCCACAGUGGAAUGGUUACCAGGAUGUCAACAUCAAGAGUCAGGAUGCUUUGGGGUCCGCUGGGCCAGGUCUCCCUCGCAACAUACCCUCCGGUGGUCGAGAUUCGAUUGCCAAGUGGGGAACACCGUCUCAUCUUCCUCCCAAACCACCACCGUCCGAGGUGCCGUCUGACUUCGACUUGAAGCACCGGAAUGGACCUACUUCGACUCCGCCUUAUCCCACCAACUCUCUGAAUAGCAAGAAUGGGCCGCUUGUUGUAUCAGGAGGGACAAUGCUACCACGAGCUAAUUAGCUCUGCUCUCAUCAGUACUAUGGCUCCGGCGAUGAUAGACGGAUUUUAUACUGUUUUUUUUUUUCCCCAAAAAGUGCACAUAUUCUCUUCUCGUGGCGAAACACAUGUGACAGGGACCUGGAUUGACUACCCU